AUGGGGUGCACAGGGUCUAAGAUAGAUCCUCGCGAAAAGGAGGCAUCACAACAAAAUGCAAAGAUUGAGCGCCAGUUGCGCCAUGAUAGAAAGGUGGAGGCUCGAACCGUCAAAAUUCUCCUGCUGGGUGCCGGCGAGUCGGGUAAAUCUACCAUCAUCAAACAAAUGCGCAUCAUUCACUCGAGCGGUUUCCAAGAUGACGAAAGAGUACAAGUCAGAGCCGUCAUCUACUCCAAUGUCGUCGUCGCAUUCCGCGUCCUGUACGAGAUCAUGCAGGAUGAAAAGAUCGACUUUGAAGAUGAAGCCAAUGAAGCCCAUGCCGAGUUCCUCGAAAACGUCGAAGCCGAUGUCGAUGCGCAUGAAGCCUUCCGAGACAAGAGAGUCAAAGAAUCUAUGAUCACGUUGUGGAAGGACGCAGGUGUACAGAAAGCGGUUGCCAAAGGCCAUGAGUUUGCCCUCCACGACAACCUCAACUUUUAUUUCCAGAACAUCGAGCGCAUGUUUGAACCUAGCUGGAUCCCCAAUGACCAAGAUAUGCUCCACGCUCGACUACGGACGACCGGCAUCACGGAAACGGUGUUUGAACUUCGCGAUCUGACUUUCCGCAUGAUGGAUGUUGGAGGACAAAGGUCAGAACGAAAGAAAUGGAUCCACUGCUUCGAGGGCGUUCAGUGUCUGCUUUUCAUGGCUGCUCUGUCGGGGUAUGAUCAGUGCCUCGUUGAGGACGUCAAUGCCAACCAGAUGCACGAGGCUCUGAUGCUCUUUGAAUCAUUGGUCAACGGAGAAUGGUUCAAAGACAAGCCAAUCAUCUUGUUCCUCAACAAAAUCGAUCUAUUCCGAGAGAAACUCCCUAUUUCUCCUCUGUCCACGCACUUUCCGGAUUAUACCGGCAAGGAUGGUGACGAAGAAGCGUCCAAGCAAUUCUUUGCGAAUCGCUUCCGAUCCAUCAACCGAAACAGUGACCGAGAAAUUUACAUCCAUUUCACCAACGCCACGGACACUAAUCUUCUCAAGGCGACCAUGGAAGAUGUCCAGGACAUCUUGAUCCAGAAGAAUCUUCAACGACUUGUUUUGUAA